AUGACAUACUUGGAUGUCUCCUCUUAUACAUCGGAAUUAAAAUCAAACAUUUCUGGACACUGUGAAACCUUCAGGAAGGAAGUAGACUACGCAAAGAACUUGUGGAAGAACAGAACCGAUCUUAACGUAGAAGAUGCCGGAAUCGCUGCAUUGUUUGGUCUUGAAUGCUUUGCGUGGUAUUGUGCAGGUGAAAUCAUCGGCAGAGGAUUCACCUUCACCGGCUAUUACCCUUGA